GUUCGACGUUGUCGGUAAUCCUGGAUUUACCUGACGCUAUUUCAAUCGUAGUGUCGGCGUCGAUAGCCGUGCUGUACACCCUUGUAGGAGGGCUGUAUUCUGUGGCAUACACAGACGUGGUGCAGCUCUUUUGUAUUGCUAUUGGCCUGUGGCUGGCAGUGCCGUUCUCUCUACACAGCGAGUACUCGGGCUCCCUGAACCCCAACACGACCAACUGGCUCGGGGAGCCCCCCAACAACCCCUACGAGUGGGGCACAUGGUGGGACUAUGCAUUCCUCCUCAUCUGCGGAGGCAUCCCUUGGCAGGUGUACUUCCAGCGCGUGCUGUCCGCCAAGACUGGCAGGCAGGCACAGAUUUUGUCCUACGGCGCGGCCAUCGGCUGCUUCGUUAUGGCCAUCCCUGCCGUCCUCAUCGGGGCCAUCGCUAAAACUUGGGUGGCAUUCAUAGGCCUGGGCGCCGUGUCGGCCGCGGUGAUGUCGUCCGCUGACUCCUCGGUGCUAUCCGCCUCAUCCAUGUUCACCCACAACGUCUACAAAGGCGUCAUCCGACCUCAUGCCAGCAUUCGGGAGAUGAACAUUGUGCUGCGUCUUGCCAUCCCUGUCAUCACGGCAGUGGCUUGCGCAAUCGCCAUUUUUACGACUUCCAUCUAUGCCCUAUUUUACCUGUGUGGGGAUUUGGUCUACGUGAUGCUCUUCCCCCAACUGACGCUAGCCGUCCACUGCCCCAACCACGUCAACAGGCCAGGCUCCAUCGUGGCCUUCGUCGUCGGCUUCCUGCUCAGAAUAUUGGGAGGAGAGCCAGUGCUGCAGCUACCAGCCGUCAUCAAGUAUCCGUGGUACGACUACGAGAACGAGACGCAGAACUUCCCAUUCAGAACCCUGUCGAUGCUGGUGACAAUGAUCGCGCUGUUGUUGGUGUCUCGCUUUACAAGAACUUGUCACGGACGUCAACAGAACCUGACCAUCACUACUGCUAGAACCCAAUAUAUAAGCUGCCAAGACCUUAGACAAUUACGCCCUACAGGAAAAAAUUCCGGAUGGAAAACCGUGGAGUUUUAG